CCCAAACAAUGACACGAGUUGAGACUUUUGCUGGCACGUGGGUUCGCCACAUGGCCUCAAGCCGGCAGCUGACGACCCGCCAGCAGAUGGGAGGAAUCUCUCCAUACCCACACGCAGUAGUGCGGGCUGCAGCAGACCGCUGUCGAUGUUACAAUGCCUUACAGAUUUGCUGCCCCAGCAAAUUUUUUUGGGGGGGCCGCAUAGUGGAAACGCUACCCCCCUAUAUUAUUGUACAUCUGCGGGGCACCAUGUUCUGGGGGAAAAAUGUGUCUUUAUAGCGGGGAGUUUCCUUAGUUAGGAAGAGUGUCUUUAAAGCGG